AUGGGAAUUUUCCAUUUGGAAACGAAUUGCAAAUGUGGCUUUGUUUUUCAGAUCAAGCUUUCGUAUAAACAGAAUUACGAAAACCUUGAAGAUAAAAAAAGUGUAAAAAUGGAACCGAGCGUGCUUUCGCUAUUUGGAAAACAAUUCGUUCGUGGAAUUUCUACUACAGCUUGCGCGUGUGGUAAGCGCAACUUUAAGAAAUUCCCUAUUUACAACAAAAGAGGAACCAGGGAUUUUAAAGCUCGACAAGCGAAAAAUCCCCAUCCUGAUGUCCCGAUACACACCUACGGAGUUAGACCUAUUGGUUAUAAAGCUGGGACAUCUUUCAUGAAAAUCAAUGAGCUGGUUCCUGAAAUCAUCGUUCCAGAUUUAACUGGUUUUAAGUUGAAACCAUAUGUUUCUUACCGUGUUAAUGAUAUUGUGCAACCACCAAUGACUCCUGAAGAAUUGUUUGGUGCUGUCUAUGUAAAGAAAAUAACAGAAGACUUCAAAUUGGGGAAACUUGGACCUGACAACCAGCCCUUACAUCCCAGUCCUGAAGAAAGUCUUUCACCUGAAGAAGCCAAAGAAAAAGUUUUAGCAAUUAGAAGUGACAUAGUAUGAAUAAAUGUCUUUAUUUCUCAUUAAGUUUUCACUUGUGGAUCAAUAAGAAUACAUAGAGCAACGUAGA